UUACAUCAUGUUGUAUAACACUUUAGAUGUUACUUAUGCUUAUACAAGAUAUCAAAAAUAAAAACUUUUUAUAGUACCAGAGAACUCUUUAAUGGUAAAUACCAUUUUAAAACAACUGUCUCUGAAAGUGACUAGUGUGUCAUAGAACAUGAAUAAAAUACUGGUAAUGAAUAUCACCUCUCUAAGAAGGCGCCUUAAAAAAAAAAAAAAAAAAAAAAAAAAAAAAAAAAACAGGAUUUUUCCAGAUUCGUCGAUGCUCGCCUUAGAGAGGAUUCGCUAUAUGUUUCUGUAUAUGUUAUAAUAGCAAGCAGGGCAGUGUCAAUAUAUACUUUGAGCAUUCGAGUGGGUGUGAUGUAGCCAGAUUUUCCGAUAUUUCUAAGAUACGCGUUUUAUCUGUAGAUGUUUCAAAUUACAGUGCUAGUCUAAUUACACUCUCUAAGACUACAACCCAUAGUUCCAAAUGAUUUUGAUAUCCCUUGGAGGUGUUCGUGUUAGUGAUUUCAAUACCAAUAUUAAUUAUGAUUUCAGAAAUACUAAUCAGUUUUAGAAGUGGUGGGCUAACGGAAGUUGUCGCCAUGAAAACAUUCAGUUAUCUAAAAUCUAUUAAAAUAUUCCAAUAAUUUAAUUAAAAAAAUAACUGCGUUUAAUUGGAACUGACCAGACAAGAUUCACGAAUUUCCCAAAUUAAUUAUAUUUGAUUUGUCUUCGGAAGUUUCUGAAUGGUUCCUAUUUAUUCCAGUGUGAUUUUGUUUUAUAAAUCAAAGCACUUUUAUUCUUACGUUGUUUAAAAGCUGUUCCUUUAUCAAUGUCACUUCUCUCUUUGCAGAGCCGGGGGGCAAGGCCAUGAAGGCCGUUGCCAUGGACACGGCGGAAGACAGUCUCAGCCAAACCAGCGACGAACAGCUGGUCUCCCUGCAGAUAUAUGUCCCGGAAUUGGUUGUACAGAAAUGCAUGCAGUUCAAUCGAGAGGAACUGAUAUGGGACGUAAAAAACCAGAUACUAGCGGCUCUUCCAAAGGAACUGAAAGAAGGUUUCAAUUAUGGCCUAUUCUGUCCGCCUGUGAAUGGAAGAGCGGGAAAGUUUCUGGACGAAGAACGCCCCUUGGCAGAUUACCCAUUCACGGAUAAUGCGGCAUAUGUCGAACUAAGGUACAAGCGUAGGAUAUACAAAAUUAACAUGGAAGAGAAGCAACUGAAACAGCUCCAUAGUAGGGCUAACCUUCGCAGGCUUCUCGACCACAUUCAUAACAAUCAUGUGGAGAAAGUGACCAAAAUGUGCUCAAGGGGUUUGGAUCCCAAUUUUCAUUGCCAAGAAACAGGAGAAUCUCCCCUCACACUGGCUACAUCUUUGAAACAUCCGGCGAAGGUCAUCAUGGCUUUGGUGAACGGUGGAGCUCAUCUGGACUUCCGUACCAAAGAUGGUUGCACUGUAUUGCACAAGGCGGUGGAAAAGAACAAUUUAGAAGCCUUAAGGACGCUGCUUGACCUUGGUUCCUCUCCUAAUUAUAAAGACAUGAGAGGAUUGACGACACUCUACUACUCUGUCAUUUACAAUAGCAAUCCUCAACUCACAGAAAUGCUUCUUCAUGAUCACGCCAUGAUCGGCACAUCCGAUCCUCAUGGUUGGCAAGAAGUUCAUCAGGCAUGCAAGUAUGGACUAGUUCAGCACCUUGAGCAUCUUCUGUUUUACGGGGCGGACAUGAACGCAAGGAAUGCGAGCGGGAACACGCCUCUCCACGUGUGCGCCGUCAACGACCAAGAAAGCUGCGCCCGGGUGCUGCUGUUCAGAGGCGCCGACAAGAAUGCCUUGAAUUAUGCCAAUCAGAAUCCCCACCAAGUGGCUGUCAUUGCCGGCAACCUUCGUCUAGCGGAAAUCAUAAAGAACCACAAGCCAGAAGAUGUUGUGCCAUAUCGAGAGGCACCUCGCUACAAUCCGAGGCGAAGGACGAGUACGGCGAACAUGGGCACUACAAGCCAGAACCACAGCGAUCCGCGACUGGAACUGGUCAUAUCGGGCGGGAAACCCCCUUCCCCCUGUCCUUCCAACCACUCCCUGCCGCACCUAUCCAGCUCCGAUGGAGGUAUUCAUCAGUCUGUCUCUGGGGAAGAAGAUGCAGACGAUAGCGGAGGCCCAGUGGCCAACCAUUCCACCGGAGUUGAGACGACUGGCGCUGGCGCCAACAGUAGCGGCACGGAUUCGGACCCUUUCGAUUCUGCCAAAUCCACUCCAAUGACGGAAUCUGUUUGCGUCUGUGUGGAGGAAUAUAAUCCAUCAACUUCCGGUCACUUACAACUGGCAAAAGGAGAUUUAAUAGAAAUUUUAGGAGUAAGCGGAAGCGGUUACUUAGAAGGCAGGCGUCGUGACGGCGAAGAAGGCCUGUUUCCUGCUGCCUGCAUUCAGGAAAUGACCAUUCGCUGUGCAGAUACUUUACCAGCAGCGGGUCGCCUGAAGGCUGAAUACAGGCGAAACCUGAACGUUAAAGGUGGAGAUGUCACCAGGAAAUGGAAGACGUUCGGUGAGCCAAGGACGGUUAUUCUUCAUAAAGGCAAAAAAGGUUUUGGUUUCAUCCUCAGGGGAGCUAAAGCUACUAGUCCACUGAUGGAAAGGCAACCAACUGAAUUUUGGCCUAGUUUACAGUACCUUGAUGACGUAGACAAAGGAGGCGUGGCAGAAAUGGCUGGUUUGAAGAAAGGCGAUUUUUUAUUGGAAAUUAACGGUCAGGACGUGUCUCAGGCUUCUCACGAAAGGGUGGUGGCCAUCAUACGACAGUCUGGGGACCUUGUUUCCAUGACAGUUGUUACAGUCAUCCAACAAGCUGCCGCCACGCUACCUCAGACGGAAAAACCACAACUCAUCAAUAGGCAGUGUGCCACUUUGCCUCGCAAGCUAUCCACCAAAAAAGCUCCACUGCCUCCAAAGCGAGAUCCUAAGACAACGUUAUCCGUCGGUCGAGCCCGAGCUAGGUCCAUGGUAGCAGGAUUGGCAGAAAUUGAAGUCUUGGAUCAUACUCUGAACGAAUAUGAUUCGGAGGGCCGUUCCACAAAAAGUAGCUCCAUUGAAAGUAUUCCUAACAAGCCUAGUAAUAGUGCAACACCGGAGAGUACCACUACGACGACACCCAUAACGGCAACCACCACACCCACAUCCACGAAUCAGACAAAUGCUGGUAUCAGGACCCGGCAGACGUGCCACCACGUCAGUGCUACAGAACUGGAAGACUUCUUCGCCCGCCAUUUGUCCGUCACGAUGCAUCAUGGAACUAUAAGACACAAAUAUGCGACUAUCGCUCGCAUUCAUAAAAUGAAGCAUCAGAAACGCUCAAGGCAGUACAGAAGCAAAGAGGAUACCGAUUACAGGUACAGAAUGCCGAAAAAUUACAGUAGUACACCUGAACUGACCUUUCCAGCAGUUCCAGAAUUUGAAAUUAUUUCUGUUCAAAGAAGAAGCCGAAGUUUGAGUGAUAUACACACCAGGCAUGCUGGAAGACAUGCUUGGAUUUCUAAAGGUUCUGGUGAAAGAGAGCAUCGACAUAAUCGAAGAGAAAAGCCCUUACAAAGACAGCAUUCUAUUCCAGAAGCUUCAAAAAUUUCUCACGGUGAGAAGACGCGAGAGAGAUCAUCAACUCCAGAACCAAAUGGACCAACAGUUAUCAAGCAAAAUGGUUCCGACAUAUAUGCAGAAACCGUUCCUGUAGUGGUAAAAUCCGGUGACAAAGCAACAAGUGGACGUGCAAGCUGCCCGCCCCCGUCGUAUCCACCUCCACCUCCCCCUGUUGGCCAAGUUGUCAAAGUUGACGUAUCUCGUGGAGAAUACGCGGAUUUGACAACUGGGAGACAACAUAAAACUCCUGCUAUCAUGUCCAGUUUCAGGCCUACGGACAGCGCUAAACUUUACGCGUCCCCAGAUGCAUUUGUAACCGUAGGAUACAAAAAAGAGCAUAUACAGAAAUGUGAUGUGACUUUGCCUCGGCAUAUGGUGAAAGGUUCAGGGAGCAGAUCUCAGUCAUUACCUCCCAAGAUGCCACCUAAUGCUACCUCAGCUUCUGCAUCUACCCCGGGCGGUAGGAGCAGUACGGCAUCGCUCGACGCAGACAACAGUAGUGGAGAUUCUGCGAGCGCUUAUACGCCAUUCAAAAGCUCUCACCGAUCCAGGGAUCAUGCUGGAACGGAGUCUGGACAUCAACCAGACCGCCGAGGUACUCUUAGGAAAGUAAAACAGCAGGGUCCCAAAUUUCCCACUGCGGUCUCCGAAUCAGCAAGUCCUAAGCACUACCCCACACUAGCUCAGCAGGAACCGGAUUACGACUCUAGUGAAGAAGAAGAUACAACUUCUGGAUUGGACACAAAAAGUGGUCUUGUUACAUUUAAAGCUCCAGACAGCGAUCUCCAAAAAGAGGAUGCCGAAGGGAAGAAGGUGAAGCAGACAGACGUAAAUACUAAUAUGACUCUAAAGAGAAAGCGGCUAAAAUCUCAGACGUCAGUUGAUUCAACUAAACUUCCAGACUCCAGUGAAGAACCACCGAGUAAUGUUAAAGCUGAGAAUGAAGACACCGUAAAUGACAAACCUAAAUCAACAGAAAAUUCUGAAACAGAGUCCGAAGUGGUGCAAUCUGAAGAAACUGGAGAAAGAAUAUUCGUUCGAAAUGAGAAAACUGACCAAUCCUGUGAAAUGACUAAUGAGAUAAGCGAAAAAACAAGUAGUCAAACGAAAAAAGUGGCACCCGUACCUCCGCCUAAAAGAACUGAUGAAAAUUCAAAAUUAAAAGAUGUUACCGAUGUCAAAUCAGAAAUCGUCGUAGAAAAAGAAUUAAGUGCCAAAGCCAUUCGCGAUGCAUUUGAAAAGCAAAUGCCAUCUAAAGAUGAGAAAAAUGAAUUAGAUUCUACUCUGAAGCCAGCCAAGGAACCCAUAGCUUUCAAAGCAACCAUAGUUCUUAAACAGACAGAAGUUGUAGCUUCGAAAGAACCUAAGGAAACUCCAACUCCGUUUAGAAUUAAGAACAAAGAACUUAUUCACCAACAUAGUGCACAUGAGCUUUUACACCUGAAAAAUAAAGAUGAGAUAACGAAGAAAGAAACAAAAGAAAAUGCAACAAGAGAAAAAUUAGUAAAAUCACCAUCCCAAGGAUUUAAAGAGAGGACAAGUGAGACUUUUGAAACGUCUUAUCAAAAAAAUGCAUUAUCUCAGAAUGAUCUAAGAGAUAAAAGUGAUUCAAACACAUCGCAGAAAAUUGCUCCGGCAGUGCCAAAAAAGCCGAAAGUUGAUGAAGUGAAAGUGUUAGAAGAUAUUACUGAUAAUUUUGAGUCAGUCAAGAUGCUGCAAGUUGAUACUGUUAAUGAUGAACAAGGAAACACAUCACCUAUUAUUGAUGCACAAUCUCGUUCUGUAAAAGAAAAUAUUUAUAAUUUUGAAAAAAGAAGUACUGAAUUAUCGACUACGAAAGGAAACAUUUCACCUCGCCGAAAGAGUGAUGUGAUCCGUAUAACACUAAUUGGGUCUCAACAAAAAGGAAAUGAACAAGAAAAAGUUUGUUCUGUUGCUACGAUGAAGACUUCUAAGUCAUGCCCGAAAACUUUUGAAGAAGAUGUUGAUUUAGAUGUAGAAAAUUCAUUAACAACUGCGAUGCUGCAUUCUGAUGCGCACAAUCAAGUCACACGAUUUUCGGCUGAAACUCCAACUACAACAAUUGCUUCCACUAACUUCAGCGAUGAGUGGAGGCGUCCAGAUGUCAUUUCGCCAGUAAACAUCCCACAUCACGUAGAAGCUGUGGUUAAAAAACCGCCAGAUACACCACCUAAAAACACUAUUGUGCGUCGCAUCGAUAACUUUAGUAAAACACAGACUUUAGGGCGCAAGCCAAAUGAACGUGAUUUUGAUCUUAGGGAUACUGAAGCUACAUAUUUCUCAGAUACAAUGACACUUAAUAGGCAGAGUUUAGCUAAAAGUGAUAAAUUUCAACAAAUUUCUGAUGCAGUCAUUCAUCCUGGUAGAGAUCAUCAUCAUACUAGGGUGCCUGUGUUACCUACAACAUCAACAAGCCCACCGACAACUAUGCUGCCACCUUCAUCACACGGACAUCCUGGUUUAUUCCAACCUCGUAACGCACCACCACAACCCAGUGGAGCUUAUGUACCAAAUGUGAGUACACCAUCCACUUCGGAGCCGAUGCAUCUGCCUACAAACCUUCCUCGAGAGCUGUCCCAAAAACUCACGUCUGAGCACAUGGUAAACGUACGAAACCGAGAAUCCUUUGAAGAUCCGCAUAUUCUUCACCAGCAGGUUCCACAACAGAAAGGUGUUCCGGGUCCAAUGUCUGCUCAAGCUCGCCUGCUUGACCACAGGCACACAAAAGUUGCUGCUCCGGCUCCUAAUAGAGUUUCUCCACCGAAAACUCGCGAGGAUGAUGAAUGCUUAAAACUCUGCCAGCGUGUUGACAAGAGCUUACAACUUAUUCGUCUUCAGGUGGACUCUUUGCGUAUGGCUGCGGCGAGCGAACCUGAAGUUCUAGCUGAACUAGUUCCACCGCCCCCCGAAUUUAAUUUUGCUGUUCCUCAGCAGCAGAUGGGACCUCAACUUCCACCCCAACAUGUGCAACCAAUGCACAUUGCACCGCCACCAGAAUUCAGUGAUGAAUCACUUGCCAGACAACGCCGAGCUCAGCAAAAUAUGAUAACCACCAUGGACGCGCCUGUUAGCAGACGGGUGGUGCCUCCAGAUUCAGUUAACUACCCAUAUCCAGAACAUGUGUACAGAGGCUAUCACCCAGUGCAAUCACCACAGGAUCAUCCACACCAUCCAAUGCACCAUCAUCCCCACGGUGUGAUUCCAAAUAAUGUAACAUCGUCUCCUACCAAAACAAUGACGAUGACACGAAGUGGAUAUCCUCCUCAUCAUGCAAUGCCUCCUCAUCAACAGGUUCGCCAUGAAAGUAACUGUAAUACUUUGCCCCAUCCUGGAGCGAGGAUGAUGAUGCCCCCUCAAACCCUCCAACAGCAUGCACCGCCCCUUCAUCAUCCUCAGACACCACAACCUCCACUACCACAGCAACAACACCCUUUCUCACCAGGGAGGCCAAAUAGAGACUCACCAAGAAUGAUGGGACCUAUACCCCCAAUACCUCAACAUAAAGAAUUCCGACAAAAACCUUUACACCAGUGGAACAUGAAAGAUGUUUCAGAUUGGCUAGAAAGUUUGUUUUUGCCAGAGUACAAAAUAACAUUUGCUGAAGCUGGUAUAACGGGUUCAAAGUUAGCCAAUAUGGACAAUAAUGAUUUAAUGGGGUUAGGGGUAAAACAAGCUGGACACCGAUUAAAUAUGGAAAGGUCAAUAAAAUGGUACCUAAAAUGAAAUUGCUUAGAUUUAUUAAUGCCAAAGAUUAUAUACUAUCUCUUUAAAAGGUUCGUAUAUGGUCUGCAGAUAGGGAAAGGAAAUGGUAAAGGAUACCGAAGUGAUUGAAUUGAAAGCUUCAGCUAAGGAGGAUUUUGUCUCGCGUAGUUAACUGAAGUUAACUGCAACUAAAUGUUUGACGAGCACAUGACGUGUGUAUUGACUAUUUCUCUAACUUCUACUUAGCAGGCUUUGACAUUUGUCAGCAGCAGGCUAGCAGCGCGGGUAAGACAUAAGAAUGCUAAAUACACCAAAUGCAGUAAGAUGUAUUUAAAUUUCAGCCGACUGUUAUUAUGUCUUUAUUUGACAGCGAAUACGAAAAGAAAAUCAUUAAAUAUCUUAAUGAAUAUUUAAAAAUUGUAUAAUUUUAAUAGGAAAUAAUUUCUAAAUUUUCUCUUGCUUUUUAAAUGAAAUGUAACUAGUAUGUCUUCAUUUCAAGAUAUACACCUAAAAAUACAUGUAAAUUUCGAAGUUAAUAAUUCGCGGCUUGUAAACUCAGUGCCGAACUAGAUCACUUAAUAUUUAAAAAAUAAUUUAUUUCUGAAUUUUAAAGUAAUCUUCAAAGUACCUUGGAAUGUUCCUGCUUAAAGCGCUCAUUAAAAAAUCGUUUUCGCAAAAGUAUAAUUCUUAUAAAUUAGCGAUUUUGAUAAUAUGGUAAGUUUUUUUGUAGAUUGUAAAUUUUAUAGAAGCUCACGUUCCUGAUAAUUCGAUUUGAGGAAAAUUCAUACGAGCUACUCAAUUCUUAAAUGAUUUCUAUGUGAAAAAUAUUAUUUCUCUUUUCAAUCGCCAUGUUAAUCUUUAGUAGUGCAAGUAUGCACUAAAAGCUUGCGCAAAUAGAAGUAUUUAUGUGCGCGAGCUUUAGCCAGUAUUACUGUUUUGUCUUUAUGUAAAUAUUUUAGUGUUCUAAUGUUUCAAUUUCUUUAUGUUGCUUUUCAUGAGAGUCAAACUGUGCUCAAUGACAGGGCUGGUUCCCUGCUUGUCGGAAUCCGUUACGCAUGUGUACGGUAAGAACUUUGCUUCAGGAAUACAAAUUGAGCCUAAUAACUCAUGUAACUGAAGUGUGAACAAAUUAAAGUCAAAGGCAUUUCGGAAAUUUGACAUUCUUUUCUGAAUAUCAAAUUUGACGUAUUAUUUUAUUUAGAACAAACCUACGCUUCCUUUUUCUAAGGAAAAAGUUUGAAAAGUCAUCUUUCUUGCCGCUUUAAAUUCAGACACAGUAUUUAAAACAAGCAUACUUGGAAAAAAUUUCAGAAAUUUUUAACAAUAUUUUAAAUAUAAGAGCUACACGAAAUGAGAUAUAAUUUAAUGAGCUAUUAUAGAUAAAGACUUUUUCUAGAAAUAGAAAAGCUGAUUGAAUUUUUUAUCAUUGUUUCUAUUAUUAUUCCUUCAAAAAUGGGCAUUUUGAUAUUUAGAUCAUUUAUUCGUUCUGUUUGGAUCAGUGAAUUCAGGUUUCUGUUUCAGUAUGAUUUAGUAUUGUAUAUCAUUUUCUGAUAUACAUUUCAUCCUAAUUAGACAAUUAACAUGUUUAAUUAAAUAAAUUAUUUAUCAAGGAAAUAAUUUUGCUUUAUCAUUAGUUUUACAUUUAACGGUUAUUAUAGAAUGUUUCUCAAAUUUCGUUAUAUCAAAAAUUAAUAAUGUUUAUCAUUUUUAUAUCAACACGAUUUAGAUUAUUAAUGCAAAAUUUAUCAUAAAAACAAUACAAAAUAACGAAUAUUUCAUGCAUGGUCUUAUAAAUAAGUUUUAAAAAAUUUUUAGGAAAGUUUAGAUAUAUGCUAAUUUUUCUGAGAAUGGAUUUUCUUGCCAAUUUUUGUUGCUAAAUUAUUGUCGAAAGAAACAUUCGUCAGAAAUCCCUUUCGCCAUUUUGAAAAUUUCAAAUUUGAAGGACAAUUGUACGAUUACCUAUUUUUACAAGUUCCCGACGAUUCAUAAAUGUAAGUAAUACUUUUAUCUAUGGGUUAAUAACUUUAAAAUAUAUAAAUAUGACAAUUAUUUAAUUGAAGCAUUUCGAAUAAUAGACCACGUACAUUUCAAGUAUUUUACAGGGCGCUCGGGAAAUAUCUGGCAAAAAUUUAAAGAACAGGCCGAAAUAAAUAGAUUUGGAGUAAUGGAAUAAGUAGCUUUAUAUAUGCCUUAAUAUGAAAUUUUAAAGAUUAAGUGGUAUUUGCAUAUUAUCCUGUCAAACAUGAAAGCUGGCUACCAUCGAAUUGUGAAUGUCGGCAGAGAUCUCGCAUCUAGGUCAACUGAUAGAUGUUAGUGCUCUCGACCGAAAUGUGUAUAGUCAUACAUGUGAUUCUACAAAUAUUUUAGCAUCUUUCGUGGCAGUUGCUAAGACUAAUUUUACAGAGGUGUCCUAUUUAUUUAUUUGGUCAUACCAUAAAUAUAUAAGGUUUCUUUCAACUGAACUAAGAGUUGUAACAGAGGAGAUACGCUAUUUGCAUAAUCUUGUCAUAAAAACUAGUAAUAAUUUUACAUUGUUUUUGUUCCUAGUGCACGUUUUGAAAAAUGGAAUUCGAUUUUAAGUUAUUUUUUCAUACGUAAAUAACGAAGGAGCAUAUUCGGCUAUUUCGAUUGGAAGAUAUGUGCUAUUAUUGGCUUUAUCAGUUGACAAUUCAUUUCCCUCUGGAUUGAUUAUUUCACAAACACACUGGAAGAUUUCUACAAAAUAGUUUAUAUUAUUUUAUGUGCCACAAAUACUUGCAGUUCUUUUUCUAAUUGAACAGUUACAGUUAAAAAUGAAUUAAAUUACGCUGUAAAUGCUUUUUCUGGUACUUACAUAUUAACGAAACCACCUUGCUACAAUUUGCUGAACUUUGUAAAGAAAAGAAAAAUAAUGAGCAAUUGUAGCAAAGCAUUAUUUAUCUCUCUCUUUCUCUCUCUCUCUCUCUCUAUAUAUAUAUAUAUAUUGCAUUAUAAUUAGUCUUUAUUUCGAAAAUUCAGUUGAGCUCUUCCGCUCCUCACUUUUUUUUUUAAUAAAUUAAAUUCGAAAUUACUUGGCGACGUUUCGAUAAUAGGUACUUGAAAUUUUCCUUGGUGUGAUUUUGCGGUAAAAUACUGCGUUCCUGCUUACAUUUUAUCGCAGCUUCUUCCACUGUAAUCAAAUCCCGUUAGUGCCUAUUUUAAAACUGAGAUUAAGAUAAAAAAUUAUCACGAUUUGCCAAUACAAAUCGUUGCAACUUUGAAUGCAACAUAAAUAACGCUAAUGGAAAUGGCAAUUUUCUUAUUAAGACUGAAGCGCAUGGUUGCCAGUAUUUGGCGCAGUCUGAAAACUUGACGAUAUCUUCUAAAGUGGUUACGCUAAUAUGUAAGUACUUUCUUUAUAAUCCUAAUUUGCUGUAUUAAAACUUCUGAAUAUUUCUGCCUUUCUUCCUUGAAGCAAACAUUUCUUAUUUCUAGCCUGUUCGUUAUUUGUUUAAAAGAAGUAAGGCUAAAUCCGAAUGAGUCACAUGUAAUCUGAAGUCUCAUUUGAAUGUACAGUGUGCUUGCAGUUAUGCAUUCAGCUAUAACCCAAUGUACUUUACCAACAAAGAUGCUUGUGUGCCAACAACUGCUUAAGCAAAAUUUCAUUCUGUUUGAUAAAUGUAGUGCAGGCACUGCAUACAUAUAAAAUCUGAAGUUUAUUUCAUUAUCUUCUUUCACGAUAUGCAAUGGAUAGAGGACAGAUACAAGUUUUUUUUUUUUUAUUCCAAAAUAAAAUUCGUGAAAGAACCUUAAAGAAUUCAUUGAGGUUUUAGUCAAACUGAACAAAAGAAACUUAAUUUUUAGGAUGGCUUUUCUCUAAAGAUAUCUUUAAAAACCUUUAAAAUAAACUUUAUUGAAAAUUUAUUAGACGUUAAAGCAUUGAUUACAUUCAGCUGUAAUUUCCAAAUGCCUCGGGCUUUCCAUACCAACUUGUAGGUAUAUAAAACUGCCUGUAAAUUUAGCUUCUGUUUCAAUACGUUUGCUUACUUCUUUAGCUUUGUAAAAAAAUUGUGCGCAGAUACAGUGUAUGAUUGGAAACAGGAAAAAAAAAUAUUUGUAUAUACAAAACUAAUUUAACUUGAAUUUUUUGUCAAUAUCUUGAAUGGUGCUUUUCAUUUCUUUCAUGAAUAUACAAAUAUAUAUAUGUAUAAAAUAAAUAUAAAUAUAGAUUUGAACAAGAACCUGUUCUUUGAAGUAUGAAUGCUUUCAUGUACCUGAGACAGCAGCCGCUAAUUUAUUUUAAUAUAAGACAAUAAACUGAAAUGACCUUUUUCCAAUUUUCUACGCUAGGAAUAAUUAUUUUAGACGAGGAGCUUCAGCAUUCAUGUAAACACGUAACAAUGAAAAUACCAAUUUUAUAAAUAAACUAGAUUUUCACUUUUUCUUCCUGUUAAAUCAUCUUCUCCAAUACGUUUCAAUAAACUCUAGCAUUUAAAUUCGGUAGUAAUGAAUUCUUCAAUUCUAUAAAACGGUUUUGUAAUAAUUUUGUAUCUCUCAUCAUAGUGUAAUUAACUUUUAUAAACACGAAUCGAUGACUGAAUUAUAACAGAAGUACGGAAGUUGUAAGAAAUGUAUUUUAUUAUGUAACGAAAUCCUUUAAACUCGUAUAACAGGGAUCUACAAAUAUCUGAACUUCCGAUUUUGUAGAAAAACAAGAUUAUGAUACGUAUUAAAUAUAUUUGAACAAUUUCCUUUCUUUGUAAAGUCACUGUUUAUGUGGUAUAUUUUUCCAUUAUAAUUAAUUAUUUACUCAUUUAAACUGGAAAUUCAGCCCAAAUAUAAUAUACAGGUUGAGCUACAACUAUAUAACAUUCAGUUUUGCUUGACGAGUUAUUUUUGUCAUUUAUUAUUUAUUCAGUUAUUUUUAGCAUUGCUUAAUUCAAGAGAAGCUCUAAUGCAUACUCAUCAAGUAUGGUUCGAUGCAUAAUGAGGAUAUAAACUCUGAUGGCAAAGCAUCAUAUAUUAUAUAUACUUUCGCCUGUUAUUUUCAUGUAAUGAGUCACGUCACUGUUAAGCCAUAACAGCAAUUCCUUUUCUAAAAACAGACUGAACAAACAUGAUGACGUUAUGUCAGUCUCCUUUCUUCCUAAGGAAUUUUUUUUCCUUACAAUGUAAAGUUUGAUUACAUUCAAUUACUUUCUGCCAACCUUUUAAUGAAUGUUACGUUACGUUUGAUUUUGUUUUAACUAGAGGUGGUGCAAUAAUGUUCUUUCCUUGCAUAUAAAGUGAAAUAUUUUAUAUAACAAACACAUUAUUUUAAGACACAAUAACACGCCGAACAAAUACUAAUUCAGAAGUCAAACAACAAAAAUCAGCGUUAAAUUUUCAAAAUUUUCACAGGACUAGUUUCGAUGGUUUUACCGAACCAACAUCCUCAGCUGCAAAACCGCAAAUGAAUAAGGCCUUAUUCAUUUGCGGUUAAUCCUUAUUCAUUUUCAGUUUUGCAGCUGAGGAUGGUGGUUCGGUAAAACCAUCGAAACUAGUCCUGUGAAAAUUUUGAAAAUAUAACGCUGAUUUUUGUUGUUUGACUUCUAAAUUCACAUUAUUUUCUUGAGUAUAAAAUGUAAUAGCUGCAUAAAUUUGCUGAAAUAAAAGACGAGCAGAAAUCUUUCACUGAAAGGCUAACAGAAUACAUGAUAGUAGCCAUGUUAAUUUUUUUAAAGAAAACAUUCACUAAAAGGAAAGAAGCUGAAUAAACACAAUGACGUAAUGCCAUCAAGUUUAUUCAAUCUGUUUUUAGAAAAGUAGUACUCCUUAUGUCCUAACAGCGACUCAUUAAAUAAAAGUAACUGUAUCUGGCUUAAAAUGUGAUCCUGAUUAUCCACAUGUAUCGAAUAUGCGGAUGAGUUUGGAUUGUGUUUAGUGCGGAUAUUUAUAUUAAGAGAAUAGUGGUUUCUUUUUUUAAUCCAUUCAUUGAGACGUAUAUACAUAAAAAACAUCUUAUACAUACAUCAUCGUUGCGGUUGCCAAAUAUACAGUAGUAAAAAUUAUGCAAUGUUAAAAGUUUAAAGUUUUUUACAAAUUUCUUCUUUCAUAUAAAUAUUUAGAUUUUAAUUUCAGCUAAUCUACUGAAAACUUUAUAGAUUCCUGUUGAUAAAUUUCAUCCCUUCAAAAAUAGCUCUGACACACAUACAAACUAAAAACUUUAAUAUUUUCCUUACAAAAGCAUUUUUUCUAAAGCACCCAAAAUGCACGGCUACACGAAGCUCAAUUUUAUACUAAUGCAUCAAAAUACGUGUAUAAAAUGCAGAGAGAAUAUGCGUUUGUAUGUGUGCAUGCGUUUGUAGAAUUUUCAUACGAUGACGCAUUUAAACAAAAAGAAAGUUAAGCUUCGAAUUGUAACAUAGAACGCGGUAAGAGUUUGCCUGAAGUUUGAUACAUAUUUUGAAAACAUGAAAUGAAUUUUCACUAAAUGCAGAAAUCUUUUAUGGAAAUAUACAUCUUGAUGAUAAGAAUCAGAAUUCUCCACACAACCUGAUCUAUGUGUCAAGUAAUGCAAAUUAUAAAAUGACGAAAUGAGUUGUACGAUAAAAUAUACUGUGCAUUUGUCUUCAUUUUUGUUUUAUUCACAUUGUAUACAGUUUCGAAAAUUUAACAUUUCGACGUUGUCAAAUUUGUGUUUCCUUUGUUAAAGAGGUUUUGUAGAAAGUGCUUCUGUAAAAAAAAAAAAAAACAAUAAAUGGCUGAGAAUAGAACGCUGUUGAUAAUAAAUAGUGCACAUUUUGCAUGAAA